UGUUUGUGGCUCACACAUGUUAGCUAGCCUGCUAGCACGGGAGUAUUAACAGUUGAUCUGUUCCCUGGACUCACUUUAGUCAAUUAUAAGCACAGUUCUUUCAGUAAAUUUAUAAUCUACAGUAUUAUCUAAAUCUCUACAGUUCCACAUUAUUUACUCAGAAGCGGGGGGUCCCCCCCCCCCUUUGUUUGUCAUCGCCACCCACAUGAAUAACUAUUGAUCACAGAAUCAUGAAGGUGAAGAAACCCUCAAAGGUCAAGGGCCAUGCUAAAUCUCAGAAGUGGAAGGAUGUCAGGGGAAAACGGUGCAGGCCUCCCAUCAAUUCCUCAGAGCUCAACUCAAGUCCUGUCAUGGCCAGGGUGAUCAAAGAGCACCAGGUGUCCGUGAAGAAAAAACCCACCGUCAAGAGAUUGAAGAAUAAGGCAAAGCUGGUCUCUGACUCCAAGAAAACUCCUCAGCCUGAACUGAAGAAGUCUCACACGCAGGCUAAUGGAAGUUCAGCGUUUACGGUAGACAGUGAAUCAGAUGACUUGGAGGAAUGGAGGGAAUAUUCAAAGUCCGUCCUUGGGAACGGAAUGGAAACCUCAGGUGACAUGGAAGAUGUAAGGCCAGGUAGACUGGAGGGAAAGUCCCUCCAUCACUGUGCAGAGAGAAAUGAUCAACAAAACCAUGCAGUACUUGUCAUGCAGAAGAAUCAGUCCCUGUGUUUCCGUGGAAAGUGCUUUUUGACCUGUCUGUAUGGUCGGGUAGAAGUGAUGGGCUUCACCAUUGAAGAAGGCCAGGAGUCAUAUCCACUCUUUUCCCCAGCCUCACACUGUCCGCUGACCAUUAGGGCACUGGAAAGCUCUGAUCGCACCAGAGAUGCAAGAACGGAGGCUUCACCCAUCCUGCAAAAGUAUCUGACCUCGGCAUCAAGGAAGAGGUUGGUUAAAAACAUUAUGUCAGACUCGUCCAUCAUCCUGCUGGAGCCCAUGGAGACGCCUCUGACACGGUUUCUGUCAAGCUUCACUGAUCUCAGUGAACUGUUCAGCCCUCCGAUGAGUGAACUCAUGUCAGCUGUUCUUGACACUCCACUUAAUGGUCUGGGUAUGAUUCCCCUAGUCAGCACCGUGGAGGGCCUGAAUAUGUCAAAAAGUUACAGAGAUGCUCUCAAUGCGGUGGUUGGUGCCUGCAGAGGGGACAUGGAUGGCUGUCCAGUUAUCUUCGUAUGUGGUACCAAGAACGUGGGCAAGUCGACUUUUAUCCGGGUCCUCAUCAAUACUUUACUGAACCACACAACUAGUGUAGAUUAUUUCGAAGGCGACCUCGGGCAAACAGAGUUCACCCCUGCUGGUUGCUUGUCUUUGUUGACUGUCACAGAACCGCUUCUGGGUCCUCCUUUCACACAUCAGUGCACACCAGAGCACAUGAUCUAUUAUGGUCAGACGUCAUGCGAGCCGGACUUGGACCGCUACCUAGAAUCCCUUAAGUCCUUGUGGCGCAGGCGCCCCCUGAGCAGGGAGACCCCCGUAAUUAUCAACACUAUGGGCUGGGUCAAAGGAUUUGGAUUUCAGCUGCUGGUGGACAUGAUCCGCUUCUUCCCAGUCUCACAUGUCAUCCAGCUGAGUCAUAGUGGCAUCACCCAGUGUGCCGCACUCACUGCAGAGUAUCUGAGGACAGCGCAGGGCUACCAGACGCACCCACCUGCCCAGACCGCUCUGGAUGAGUUCACCGAGAGCCACAGUCCACCCAGAAGCUACGCUCACCUUAAUGUACAGGCAGAGUUUCGGGGAGUGGGCCGUCAAGGAACAUCGAAACACCAGCGCAGUAAUGAGCACAGAGAGCUGUCAUUGCUGGCCUACUUGAGUCAGCUGCAGUCUCCUGACCCGGGACCAGUUAGACCGUUACACAGCCUCACCCCGUACCAGGUGCCCCAUUCAGCAGUGGCUUUAGGUGUGAUCCAUUGUGAGGUUGAGCCCAGUCACAUGUUUUAUGCUGCCAAUGCCAGUCUGGUGGGACUCUGCUGCCUGGCAGAGAAAGUAACAAGCAGAGGAGGCCCAGUCCUGCUGUCGCAGGCACCCAUCUGCCCAUGUGUGGGUUUCGGUGUGCUUCGAGGCGUCGAUAUGGACCGAGGUCUGUACUUCCUGCUGACUCCUGUUGAUCCCUCCAUCCUUCGUAAGGUCAACUGUCUCCUCCUGGGAGCAAUAUCGCUGCCUUCCUGCAUCCUCACGUCACAGCCUGGCUUUGAAGGAGAGAUGCCCUAUGUCACCACAGACUACAGUUUUGAUCUCACUGGUGCAGGAAAGCUGCGAGUCUUCAAGGGAAUGACGAGACCCAGUCAGAUGGGGAUGUAAAGACAUUUCCUGCACCCCGUCGGUUUAUUGUCUUUUACACUUCUUGACUCGUGUCUCAUUUUGAACCAGUCAGCGUUGGCCUUUGAAUGUACAGAGCGGAGGUUGAACCAGACUGCUUUUCAUUUCGAGAGUCAGUCUGACAGCAGCCAGGAUCAUAGACUGCAGGAGGAGAUGGCUGACUUACUCUCUGAACCUCCUUGGUGUUCUCACCAGGUCCUACAACAUUCGACUGUUCACAUAUGUCAUGCUGCUGUGAAGGAGUUUUGAGUUUCUGUGUUUUCUGCAACAAGGACCAUAAUAUCACACUUUGUAGUUGAAACUCUUGUUUGGUGUAUCAUCUUUUAUGGGUGAAAUUCCAGCUGCAAAUGAAUACAAAAACCUGACAGAUUAAAGGAAAAACAACUUUUGCUCAGAUGUUCUUGCUUUCAUGUAUUCCUUGUUCAUUUGUUAAAUUUUAUACAUCCAUGUAGAUUUCAAUACCAUUUAAUGUCAGUGUAUCACAGUAUGCAGUGCAGGCCCUGCUUCAGAUUGUAUUAUUGGAGAAAAUUUCCACUGCCAGCUUUUUGUGUUGAUGUGUUCAUACAACAUUCAAGUAAAGAAGAAGGACUGAGUUAAUGAGGGAUUUUCAAAUGACAGCCAGUCUGUUGGAUUUACAAAAGAAAGAAACCCAUUUUGUCAGUAUUGUGUUUUUCUGUCAGUCAAAUGUUUUACUGAAACUGCUCUAUUUUUAUUGUUGGCUCGUUCUGCAUUUACUGUUGUACAUUUGGUAAUGUGUUAAAGGGACACAGUAGUGCUCCUGCAUUUGCAGGUCACUCAAGAUGUUUUGUAAAUGCAACAUGUUUACGAUUUCUCUCAGCCUUUGUAGGACAUAAAAGACAACAUUUAACACUGUUUUGUUUCUUGGUGCUACCUUUUGGACCUCAAGGGGGCAGUAAAUGUAUUUGAGAUUUUUCUCUGAAUGACAGCAGAUGUUCACUUAGAAAAAGUCUCAAGGGCAAGAAAACUGCAAUAAACUAUCAAGACCUGGCUUGUAA